CGGAAGUGGAUACUGAAACCAUUAUGGCGGCCUCCGUGGCAGCUUGUGGCAACGUGAUAGCUCGUUAUGACCUAACUUUUGGUUCACCUGUAUAAUCGACUUUAAUAUCCUCUCAUUUCAAACAUCUCUAUUUAGCCUGUAUUUACAACCACCGGACAGGUAUUUUAAAAGGUAGAGUAUUUUAUGACCAGAAGGAACCACACACGUGGAGAUGGCUUCAUUCAAACCUACAAAAAUUCCAGUUUAUCCCAAACUUGGAGAGAAAGUCACACAGGACACUCUGUAUUGGAAAAACUACAAGGCUCCAGUUCAGAUAAAAGAAUUUGGAUCAGUCACAAACAUCGACUUCUCUCCUGUGGCCCCAUAUAACUUUGCUGUGACAGCAUUUACACGAAUCCACAUUUAUGGUCCAUUCUCCCAAGAGCCAAUUAAGACAUUCACACGAUUUAAGGACACCGCGUUUUGCGGCAGGUUCCGUUCAGAUGGCCAGUUGCUCGUGGCAGGAUGUGAGGACUCCAUCGUGCGGCUCUUUGAUGUCAGUGGCAAGGUGGCGCUCAGGAUGUUCAAAGGACACACAAAGGCUGUACAUGUGACAGACUUUACCUCGGAUCGGUACCACAUCGUCUCCGGGUCGGACGACAACAGCUGUCGACUUUGGGACAUCCCCAAUGCGGCUGAACUCACCACCUACCAAGAACACACAGAUUACAUUCGCUGUGGUAUCACAAGCAAACUCAAUAGAGAUCUCUUCAUUACGGGAUCAUACGACCACACACUUAAACUGUUUGAUGCCAGAGUGGAUAAGUCUGUAAUGACUAUGGACCAUGGCCAGCCUGUGGAAAGUUUGCUUCUAUAUCCUUCUGAGGGACUCCUCAUUUCAGCAGGGGGGCGCUACGUCAAAGUCUGGGAUCUGCUAAAAGGCGGCCAGCCCCUGGUGUCACUGAGGAACCAUCACAAAACUGUCACUUGUGUGUGUCUGAGCAGCAGUGGCCAAAGGUUGCUUUCAGCCUCCCUGGACAGGCAUGUGAAAGUGUACAACACAACCAACUACAAAGUGGUGCACAACUUUGACUAUGCUACGUCCAUUCUCAGUCUGGCUUUGGCUCCUGACGAUGAGACUAUUGCUGUGGGUAUGACCAACGGUAUCCUGAGCAUUAAACACAGGAAAACCCCUGAAGAGUCAAAUGAACUGUCAGGUCAACACAGGCGACGACCGGCAUAUCGUGUGUUUGUGAAAGGGAAGAACUACAUCCCAAAACAAGAUGAUUAUCUUGUCAGUAAGCCUGUGAAACAGCAUUUGGAAAAAUAUGACAAACAGCUGAAGAAAUUCAAUGUUUCCAAGGCUUUGGAUGUAGCUCUGGAGUCAUGGACGAGACGAAAGAAGCCGGAAAUUCCCGUCGCUGUUAUAAAGGAGUUAGAUCGAAGAGGAACUUUGAAAAACGCGUUAGCGGGACGGGAUGAACAGGAAGUGUCUCGGUUACUCCACUUUAUAAUUGGGAACGUGGUUGACCCCAGGUUCGCUCCCAUUCUCGUCGUAGCGGCUGAGAUGAUCCUGGACAUUUAUCAGUCGGUCAUUGGCCAGUCGUCCGUCGUGGACCGGCAACUUUUGCGUCUCCAGGAUCUGCUGGAGAGAGAAAUCGACUACCAGCAAGACCUCCUGGAAGUGCUCGGUAUGUUGGACACUGUGUUUGCCUCCCGCCUCCCGAGGAAGGAGGUGCCGUGCCCGGGUGUCGACAGACCCAAUGGCUUGACCGAGGGAGAGGCAAGUACCUCUCGACCUCAGCUCCAAGCCACUUGAUGUACUCUAGGAUAAAUUGCAACCCUUCAAAGGUUGUAUAAAAAAAAAUCCCAUCAGACUCCCUUGCCUCAUGAGACAGGCAGACGUUUGGUUCAUGUUUCAGGAGACCCUUCAAACACUCACAUUUAAUAAAAUGUGUAUUCAUGAAUGAGGAUUCUCUGAAAGAAAAUCAAGGUUUUUUUUUAUUGUCUUGUACUUUGAAAUGUUAAAUGUAUGAGUGUGCAUUUGUCAGUGGCUGUAUGAUGUUUUCCUAAUUGUAUGGAUUGACAAAUGUUUAGGAGGAAGACGCAUAAACCUUUAAUAUUGGAACUUGCUCAGUGUCAUUCUGAUUUGCCCACAGUGAUUAAAAUAUUUUAGAACUGGCAUUGGACAUUAACCUUCCCCACAGCUGCUAUAUAUGUAACCUGGACAAUAAAAAAAGCUACCUUCCAA